CACAAGAUGAAGCUUGAAUUGGCUGUCUGAACCAUGCGUCAUGUGUGUGUGUUGCUUGAAAGAACCGAGGGCUUCGGGACCCUCGCCAGACCCUGCUUUUGGGUGGGUGACGAGUCUUCCACGCUUACUGCAUUGGGCAACAGUGCCCAGCCCCUGAAUUCAGGUGCCAAGGAGCCAAUUCAGUUCAACAACCUGCUUCCGAUGUAAUUGUAGUUAGUUCUUAGUGUUGUUGCGGUAUAUUUGAG